GCUCCUCCGGCCGCAGCGUGGGGGCGGGGUCGGCAGCCGGGCCCCGGGCGUCCUGUGGUCCCUGCGCGCGGCGGCUUGGGCCGGAGCGUCUCUGGGCACCUCUGCGCUCGCAGCUCCGCGUCUCCCCACAUGGUGCGGUUGUUGAAAGCCAUCAAUAAAUUGUAAGGAUUUUCUGAAUAGCUACCCAAUUGUGUUUUUAGUUGAGCCAUAUUGGACGUUGAAAAUGGCACAUGGACUCCAAUGAUCCCCAUUUCCCCAUUUGCUACCUCUCGAGGGGGAAAUAUCCGGGAUUAUAAGAGGGCCCACUGCUCGUAUGAUCUGCGGGACUUGUGCGGAUUGAGGACUCAAUUUUAGGUUCCUCCUGGUGGGGACGGGUAUUCUGGUCUUUGAGUCCUCCGGAGAGAUUAAUUCAGCACGAGCUGCAGGGGCCUUAGGAAGAGGUCUAACAAGGCAGUCGUCAUCUAAUAUAUCAGGGGUAGGUUUUUGUACUUUAGUGGGGGAAGCUAGACACAUGCAACAACCCGCUCUGAGUUCAGGAUCUUGAUAUAGGGCCAUGAAUGCUUGAAUAUAAGGGAUUUCGGACCAUUUUCCCAGGUCGUGGCAAAGUAAGUCUAGUUGAAAAAUAAUAUUAAAAUUUACGGUGCUAUUCAUGGGCCAUUUUUCCUCAUUCAGAGUAUAUUGAGGUCAAAUAGUAUUACAGUAAAAGAUGCCUCUUUUUCUUUAGGUCUUGUAGAUCUGUAGAUCUUUUGCCCAGUUAUUUAAAAGGCAACCCAAAGGACUCAGUGGCCAUUGAGGACGUGGCUGUGACUUCAUUCUGGAGGAGUGGGCUUUACUGGAUCCUUCACAGAAGAAACUCUACAGAGAUGUGAUGUGGGAAACCUUUAGGAUCCUGGCCUCAGUAGGAAAAAUAUGGGAAGAUCAUGAUAUUGAAGAUCAGUACAAAGACCAGGAGAGAAAACAGCGAAAUCAUAUGGUAGAGAGACUCUGUGGAAGUGAAGAGGGUAGUCAGUGUGGAGAAAACAUCAACUUUAUUCCAAAUCUCAAUCUAAACAAGAAAACCACAGGAGCUAAACCAUGGGAAUGCAGUGCACGUGGAAGAGUCUUCAUGCAUCAUUCAUCCCUUAAAAUGCACGUUAGAUGUCACACUGAACACAAACAACAUGACUAUAAAAAAUGUGGAGAGAAGCGAUGUAAAUGUAAGGAAUGUGGUAAAGCCUUCACAUUUCUCAGUUCUCUUCGAAGGCAUGAAAUAGCUCAGACUGGAGAGAAGCCCUAUGAAUGUAAGAAAUGCAGUAAAGCAUUCACUUCUUCCAGAUCUCUUCAAGAUCAUGAAAGUACUCAUACUGGAGAGAAAUCCUAUGAAUGUAAAAAAUGCAGUAAAGCAUUCGCUUGUUCCAGUUAUCUUCAAAAACAUGAAAGACAUCACACUGGAGAGAAACCCUAUGAAUGUAAAAAAUGCAGUAAAGCAUUCAGUAUUUCCGCUUACCUUCGAAUUCAUGAAAGAAUUCAUACUGGAGAGAAAACCUAUGAGUGUAAGAAAUGUAGUAAAGCAUUCUCUUCUUCUAGGUCUCUUCAAGUACAUGAAAGAGCUCAUACUGGACAGAAACCCUAUGAAUAUAAAAAAUGUAGUGAAGCAUUCACUUCUUCCACUUCUCUUCAAAGACAUGAAGACAUCACACUGGGGAGAAACCUUAUGAAUGUAAAAAAUGCGGUGCAGCAUUCACUUAUUCCACUUCUCUUCGGCUACAUGAAAGAACUCAUACUGGAGAGAAACUCUGUAAGUGUAAAAAAUGCAGUAAAACAUUCACUUGUUUCAGUUAUCUUCAAAAACAUGAAAGCACUCAUACUGGAGAGAACCUCUACAAAUGUAAAAAAUGCAGUAAAGCAUUCACUACUUCCAGUUAUCUUCAAAUACAUGAAAGAAUUCACACUGGAGAGAAACCCUAUGAAUGUAAGAAAUGUAGUAAAGCAUUCACUUCUUCCACUUCUUUUCGAAGACAUGAAAGAAAUCACACUGGGGAGAAAUCUUAUGAAUUUAAAAAAUCCGGUACAGCAUUCGCCUCUUCCAGUUCUCUUUGAAAACAUGGAAGAAGUCACACUGGAAAGAAAGCCUGUGAAUGUCAGGAAAGUGGGAAAGCCUUUAUUUCUCAUGCAAACUUUUGAGGAUAUGCACGAAUGCACACUAGAGGAAAAAGCAUGUAAAUGUAAGGAAUGUAGGAGAGACUUGUCAUCCCAGUUCUUUCUGAAGGCAUGAAAGGACUCACGUGAUAAAAACCUCUUGAAUGUACACAGGGUUGGAAAGACUUCAGUUGGCCCAUAUUCUUCUCUGUGAAACUCCCACCAAAAAGAAAUAUAAAUGUAACUCAUAUGAGAAAGCUUGAUGGAAAUUAAUUUGUGUAUAAUGUUCUAGAAAACUUUCAACAUGAAAGAGUUGUUAUAAAUAUGUUGUGUUUACCAAGCCUCUUAAAGUGCAACAUUGGAUUGUGGGUUUUUGUUAAUUACUUUCAGAAAUGAAUACUGAGGUGAGAGUUCUGCAAGUGACCCUUCAUCAAUACUACGUAAGAUUAAUAGGUAGUGCUUUUUCCUAAAGUCAGUUAAUAAUAUUUUCUCUGUAAUUUUUUUUUUUUUUUUUUGAGGAAGAUUAGCCCUGAGCUAACUGCUGCCAAUCCUCCUCUUUUUGCUGAGGAGGCCCUGAGCUAACAUCCGUGCCCAUC